AACUGAAACAACCACGCCCUCCAUAAACCCUCAUCUUCACAAAUCAAAACCCUAAAACCGCUCCCGCACUCCCCGCUGCAUCUUCUUUCCCUUUGCCUCUCUUUCUCUCUCUCAUACACAGAUUGCGAAAAUGGUAGCGAAGCAAUUGGAUGAAGAAACCGUUAAGAAAGUGAUUCGACAGGUUGAGUUCUAUUUCAGUGAUAGUAACCUUCCAAGGGAUAAUUUUCUUAAGAAUACAAUUACUGAGAGUGAAGAUGGCAUGGUAAGCUUGGCAUUGAUAUGUUCUUUUUCCCGAAUGAGAGGUCAUCUGGGAUUGGGAGAUGUAAAGGCUGAAGAUGUUCCAGAAGAUACAGUGGAAGCUGUGGCUGAGACAUUAAAGAACUCAACUACUCUUAAAAUUUCUGAAGAUGGAAAGAAAGUCGGAAGGACCACAGAACUCCCAAAAGAAGAAGUGGCAAUUGAGCAAUUAGAUAGUAGAACAAUUGCUGCAUCACCAAUUGAGUAUGAUGUAAAGCUUGAAGAGGUUGAGUCCUUUUUUGGACAAUCUGCCAAGGUUAAUAGUGUGAGGUUACCUCGACAUGUUGGUGAUAAAAGGGUAUUUUGUGGAACUGCUCUUGUUGAGUUCUCAUGUGAGGAGGAUGCCACAAAGAUUUUGACACAAAGCUUGACUUUUAGAGGUGCUGAGUUGGCACUAAAACCAAAGAAAGAGUUCGAUGAGCAAAGAGCUAAAGAAGAAGAAGCCGAGUCAACUCGCCGAAACAUGCUACAAAAUCGUAAAAACAGUCCUCAAGAAGAAGACUACCCAAAAGGGUUAAUUGUUGCGUUUAAGUUGAAGAGCACUACAUCUGAAGAUCCUUCAGUUGAAAAGGGUAAUGAGGUAAAAUCAGAAACAGAAGGAAAACCUGAUUCCAUGGAAUUGGGUACUGAAGAGGGUGAAACAAAGGUUGAUGCUGAAGAUAAAAAGGAAUCUUCUCCUGAGAGUGAGGAAAAAACAGAGACUAAGAAAUUGUCUGCUGACAUGUACAAAGACAAUAAGGAUGUUGUUUUACGUGAGGAUCUUAAAAGUGUCUUCCAGAAGUUUGGUACAGUUAAGUAUAUUGAUUUCAAGAUGGGGGAGGAAUCAGGAUACAUUAGGUUUGAAGAAGCAGAGGGUUCACAGAAAGCUCGUGCUGCUGCUGUUCUUGCUGAAGAAGGUGGUCUGAUUGUGAAAAAUUAUGUUGCUAUUCUAGAUACAGUAACAGGGGAAGCUGAAAAGGAGUACUGGAAUAUGCUCCGUGGUCAAGAGAAAUUCCGAGGAAAUAAUAAAGGCAAUUGGAGCAGGGGAGGAGGAAAGAACAACAGAGGUGGAAGACAAUUUAAUGGGAAAAAUAAUCGAUCGAGAGACAAUAAUAAUUCUGGAAAUCGACCAAACAAGUUUCAUAAAGUUGCAGCUGCUUGAACCUGGUAAAUCUGGUUGCCAAUGGAGCCUAACUUGGGUCUGUUUUAAUGUUUAAUUUAGGGCAUGGUUACUUUUUCAACCAUAAAACUGUCGUAUUAAUAUGUUAUUUUUGUUAUUGUGGCAACUAUAUCAUAAAACUAUUAUAGCAACGUAUUUUUUUUUAAUGCAAGUU